CUUUCAUCACAGACACAAACGUGUCACACGCGGCGCAGUCUGGGGUUUCAACGCACCUGAGAGCAGAGGUGGGUAUCUUGCGCUCUGUCGCCUUCCUCACCAUGGCCGACUCGUGGCAGCAGCUGCGCCAGCCCGCGCCGUACGGCACGCAGCAGGCACCGCACGCAGCAGCCCCCCCCUCUUCUUCGUCCGCCAUCGUGCCGCCGCUUCACGUGAACGGUUCACCACAACAGCCCUUUGUCAGCAGCCCCAGGGGAAGCAUUUCCUCGGCGACCGGUCCUCAUCCGUCGGCGGCCGCAGGAGCAGCCCAUCUCCAACACAGACAUCAGCUCUCCCUCCCCCCGCAGGGCUUGAUGGGCGGGGCUGCCCCCGGUGCGGGACAACCCGGCCCCGGGGCUAUCGGAGGACCACCCCCGCAGCCAACCCCCUUCCGCCAGCUCCCUGCACAGGAUGCAAGUAAUGGCAGCGGAAUACCCCUCUCCCCUUCCUUCCGGGACUCCGAUGCCGGCGGCAGCGGAGGUGGCCCUCACUCCCAGGUCCAUCGCAGGACCCAGUCACUGCGCCCCUUUUCUGCGUUCCAGCCACUCGACAAAUCCUCCUCGCACGACGGCCACGCCGGUCUACGCCCCCCGUCGCCCACCGACUCCACCUCGCGCUCCAUCCGGUCCACGCCCGCUCCGCUGACCUUCAAGAGCCCCGACCUGCGCAAGGCCCUCGCCCUGCACGAGGCCCAGGCAAAGAAGAUCUACAUGGAAGGCUACCUGUCCAGGCGCGAGGAGCUCUCCGCAGACGGAAAAUCACUGCACCCUGCAGACCCCAAGAAGCAGUGGCAGCUCUGCUUUGUCCAGCUGUCCGGCACGGUGCUGAGUACGUGGAAUGUCCGCGCCAUGGAGCACGCGGCAAGGAAUGGGCAAGAGGUGCCGCCGUCGUAUACCAACAUUACGGAUUCAUUUGUCGACUACGUUGGUCACCUCACAGAGGACAAGAACAGCGUGGUCAACAGCAAGGGCCAAUACGACAACGUCUUUGCGCUUAAUACGGCUGGCCACAAUCGCACGUACUUUUGCGUCGAGGGCCCUGUCGGCCGGCGUCUCGUCCAGGCCUGGGUCAACGCGAUCCGCCUCGCCUCAUGGGAGAAGGUGCGGCUCGAAGAGAUCUACACAGGCGCGCUCCUGCGCGCGCGCAUGGGUGCCGUCGGCGCGCUGCAGCGCAAAGGCUCCUUGUCGCGCAGCAGCAGCGGCAGCGCAGCGCCGCCGCCCGAGAUCGAGGAGGAUGAGGCGAGCAUCUCGACGAUGGCCAUCAAGUCGCCCCUGGCCAAAGGCCGGCUGGAGGGGUGGGUCAAGGCGCGCUUCAUGGGCUCGACCGAGUGGAAGCGCUGCUGGCUCGUCCUGUACGACAAGCCCGAGGACGCUGAAACCAAGGGCAGCAAGUUCUGGAGCAAGCUAGGUGGCGGAGGAGGCGGAGGCGGUGGUGCGGGUAACCGACACAGCAUCAUGAGCCUCACUGGCUCGCCUAUCACACCCGGCGGCUCGCCCGGCUCAGGCCCAACGUUGGACCAGAUUGAGCCGCCGCCCGGCUCGAACGGUGCCAGAGGCAUCGGCCUGUUCUACGAAAACAAGAAGGCCAAGCAGCCGUUCGCAGGGAUCAUGUACGCCGCGCACGCUUUUGCCGUGUACCCAUCUCGCCCGGAGCUCGUCGAGGGCUCGAGCCUGUUCAAGGUAGAGGGCGCAUUUCCCCUCGGGCACGUCCUCUCCGGUACGAACCGCGUGCGCCAGACUGGAUGGGUUAUGCUCAUGCCCGACCUCGAAGGCGGAACCAACAAGGGCGCGAACGCGGAGAUGAUGAAAUGGGUUAUCGGCUUCAUGGACGCCUUCAAGCUGUAUGGCCGCCCUGCGACGAUCGAGUGGGAGCCGCGCAACCCAGUGUCGGCUUUCUUUGCUUACCCGAUUGGGCCCUACAAGGACCGCCUCUUCCUCGACCGCGAGCUCGCCGAGUUCCUCGACGUCCGCGAGGAGCGCCACCUCGCGCACAGGGCCAAUCUUCACGGCAUCAUGGCCAUGCGCAUGCGCGGCGAGCGCACACCCAUCCUCUCGCCCCUACCCCAGCCCAACAAGGAGAGCACGGCCGCGCUCAACGUUGGCGUCACCGCCUCUGCCGCCGUCCAGGAAAGUCCAAGCGCUGGCGCCACCGUCGUCAACGGCCUCGGAUCCACCGCCAGCCCCGAGCUGCCGGUGCUCAGCAAAGACUUUUCGUCGUUCGACAUUGAACUCCCUUUGGAACAGCAGGCACAGCAGCAGCAGCCAUUCCCGGCCGAUAGCGGCACCAGCAGGCACAACGGCCAUGGUGCUGCGCUCGACUCGAUCGGCGAGCGCUCGCGCGAGGGCAGCGCCAUGGCCGGCACCACCGCAUUCACGGGCGCCGCGCAGCAGCAGCACCACGCCCAGGGGCCUAGCGCUGAGCGCAAAGCCAGCUCGUAUUCGAUACACUCGUCCACGCCAGGUGCCUGGGUCUUGCCUGCCGCUGACGCUGCCGCCGCCGAAAGUUCGCAGCAACCGCAUCAGCCGCCAAUGCCGCCUCAGAAGGUUUCUCCGCCGGCAGCAGCUCACGCAGCGCCCGGCAUCGCCAGCCCUGCUCUGCUCGUCAAUGGUUCGUCCGGAAGUCAUACUGCGGCUACGAAUGGUAUCGACGCCUCGGCAUCUGCACAGGUAGCAGCAGCAGCGGUUGCACCGGACUCUGCGACCGGACCAGCGACGCUGGCACCUAGCGGACGCGGCGCCGAAGCGGGGAUCUUGUCAAUCAACAAGAGGGCAUCCGACGCGGCAUUCGGAAACUACGAUGAAGGCGCUCUGUUCUACAUGCGCGCCAUGUCUGAUCAGCUCCCUGCCACCCCUUCUUCACCUUUGCCUGCGUCGACGCCUGCAACUGCAGCGGCAUUUGCGCUUGCCUCCUCGCAGCAGACCGCAGGCCCAGCACCACCCAGCAAGGACGCAGCCGGCGUCUCGCGCAUGGACUCGGUGCGCACGUAUGAGUCCAGCUCCGCGUCAUCGUAUGCUCCACAGCAGCCGCGGCAGGCAGAAGCUUCGUCGCAGCCUGUAGCGCAGCAUGCGUCUGCGCACCUGCAACCACUACAGCAGGCACAGGCACAGUCUACUCCACUCGAGGGCGCCUUACCCUCUGUUGUCCCCGUGUCUGCUGAGCCUGCUUCAAUCUCUGUACCUCCUGCUGAAGCUGCAGUUGCGGCACAGCACGUGACACCCAACAAGGCGUCCAUGCGUGCUUCCGGCCGCCCGGACGAGAGCCUCGGCGAAAAUGCACUUGCGGCGUAUUCCUACCUCGAGAAGCCCCCUUCCCCUGUCGUCGUCAGCCGGCCGAACAUGGAACCGCAGCCUCAACAACAGCAGGAGAGUGCAGCAUUCGCUUCGCGGCCGCCAAACGCGUUUCCGUCCUCGUUUAACGCCAACAAGCGUGCCGCCGAGCGCAAGACGGCUGCCCAGCUCCAGGUGCAGGCGCACCAGGAUGCGCUGAGUAAGCCUGGACGCCCGAAGCACAAGCGAAAGAGGAGCAAGGGCGCGCAUGCUUGGGGUCAGGAGAGCAGCGAAGAUGAUGAGGACGAUGAAGAGGAGGAAGAAGAGGAGGAGGAGGAGGAAGAGAAGGAGGAGGUGCGUACAAGGCCCCCGUCGACGGGGCCUGCUGCUGCAUUCAAGCCGCGAUCUCGCAGCGCGUCGGAGCAGGGUUCGAUUCAGCAAGGCCUCCCGUCGUCCCAGAGCUCCCAACGUGACCCACACGAGCUGCCGUCGGCUAACGGAAUGCAGCAGAUGCAAGGCGCACCACCGCUGCGCACCGGGGAGUUUGGCGGAUACCGCACCGCAAGCCCUUCGCAAAACACUUCGGGACGCGGCUCACCCGCAGGCGCAGCAUCACGCCUGCCGCCCAUGGUUAAUACACGUGUUUCCACGAUGUUCAACAGCCAUCUGGGCAUGCAGCACUCCGACUCCUUUGGGCCCCAGACAACGCCGCCGCAGAUCCGGGGGUCCUCUCCGGGGCUGGGCCGUAACACCUUUGUCCAACUGAGCCCGGAUGAGCAUCCGGGUGCAAUGACCGCCGUCUUUCAACCUCACGGCCUGCUUCAAGCUGGCGUCCAGGAGAAAGCCGAACGAUCUGCCAAGGCGCAGGAAGCCGAGGCCAGGAUGCAAGGGGGCCACCUGGUCAAUGUUCCGAACAAGCCGCCUCCUCCACAGGCUGGCCUGCUCGGUGCGAUCACCGCGCACGAGAAGGAUCGCAAAGGCGCCGGUGGCUACGGCGCCACGCUCACCGAGCGUGAGCGCGACCGUGUCACUGCUGAACGCAAGCAGCGCGAGGAGGAGAUGUUCCGUCAGCAGCAGCAGAUGGCAAUGCAGCAAAUGGGCGGAAUGGGCGCAGCUGGCAUGCCUUUCAUGAACCCGUACAUGAUUUGGCAGCAGACGAUGAUGCCCGGAAUGAUGCCGCCAUGGGGGAUGCAGUCUGGCUUCGGAGGCAUGCCCGGCUACGCUGGCUCUCAAGCGCCAGGCGGAGGAAUGCCCAACAAUGAAGCAAUGGCCGCUCAGGCCCGGCAAGCUGCGCAGGCACAGAUGCAGGCGAUGCAGGCGGCCCAAAUGGCGUACGCGCAAGCUAUGUCGCAAGUGGGAGGUGAAGGAGGAUCGGUGAUCGGAGGACUGGCUGGAGGCAGCAUGCCAAUGAGCAUGCCUCCCAUGUCGGCACCUUUCAACCCAUACAUGAGCAUGAUGGGCGCCCCGAUGCCACCUUUUGCAGGUUACAUGCAACAAGGCUCCGAAGCGGGUAGUCCAUCUGGGUCGAGACCCCCGCAUGAACGCGAGCAAUCUCGAGAUCGUGCUCGAGAUUCUCCUCUGCGACGCUAAGGAUUCGGAAACAAACCCCAAAAGGAAUCAUGGACUUUAUGCUACAGUAACUCCAAUCGGGAUAGGAAUGUUCACGCUGGGGGGCCACAGACUGGACCGACCAUCUCAUUGAUCUGCUGCACGAGCGAAGCUACCACGAGACCUGGCGCUCUGGCAGCUUCAACAACGAUUACUCCGUACUCAGAGUGUGGAUCGGGUUCUUCUAGAGUUUCUAGCUGGCUUCUUAGCAUUUGCUCCUUCAUGAAAUGCCCUUUG